CAGCGGCAACAAGGACAUCGCAACAGCUCUCGAGCGAGUAGAGAAGAGACGAGAGUGCGAACUCGGAACAGAGUGAGUCAGUAACAAGCGAGAGAGGAAGAGAGAACAGCGACAAGAGCAAGAGAGCUAUCGACAUCAAGAACGACGACAAACUGAGUAAAGCAAAGGAAAGAAAGUUUUACAGGCGGCGGUCGCAACAGCAGUGAGCUGCAAUCAGACAACCAUACCUAAUUCUACCAGCUUGAGCUAAAGAGCUUCAGCGACCGACUACCCGCAUAGACUACGUCAUGGAGAGCCAGUGGAUGAUCAUUGCCUUCCUUGUGUCCGUCAUGACGACGGCCGGCAGCGAACCGACUACAGAUUUAUAUCAAGAACCACAACUUCAACGUCGAGUCGAGAUUUUGGACGACAUACGGCACGAGUUAAACUCGUUACUGCAAGUUCUCCAGCAGACGACCCCACGGGUCACAGACAUGGACGACUAUACGGGCCAACAAGACGAACUGCAGAGGUUCGUGACCCCGGCCGACCUUAUAGACCAGAUGACCGCCGAGAGCGACAAGCGCGCCGCCUUCUUCGGCGGCAGAGGCAAGAAAUACGAGAUGCUGGCAGACAAGCGGGCCGCGUUUUUCGGAGGCAGGGGCAAGAAGACCGGCACGAUGGAAGACGUAGAGGGAGAACUCGACGACGCUAAACGGGCCGCCUUCUUUGGCGGGCGCGGCAAAAAAUCCGAAAUGGUCAUGACCGAAGCGGAGAAGCGUGCGGCGUUCUUCGGCGGAAGAGGGAAAAAAUCCGACCUAGAAUCGAGCGAAGAUGAACUGGACGCGGAGAAACGGGCAGCGUUCUUCGGCGGACGAGGAAAGAAGUCAGACGCCGAGCUGAACGACGAGGAGCUUGAGGACGCUAAGCGCGCAGCCUUCUUCGGCGGCCGCGGCAAAAAGUUCGACGGCGGCGACGACGCAAAGCGCUCGGGAUUCUACGGCGGCCGCGGCAAAAAGCUCUACCCCGACGACAAACGCGCCGGCUUCUUCGGCGGUCGCGGCAAGAAAGACGACGUCGACGCAAGCGAGACGAUGGUCGCCAUCGCCGACGACGCUGACGAGAAAAGAAGCGGGUUCUACGGAGGCCGCGGGAAGAAGUCCGGGGAAGAGGGGAAGCGAGGUUCCGGGUUCUACGGCGGACGGGGAAAGCGCAGUCAUAAUCUUUCGGUGAAUAUGUGAAGCGAUGUCCAAGGGCACCGGUUGCACAGACGACAGCGACGUUAGUUUCUACAAGAGUGUGACUGUGUGAGAGAGCGGUUAAGUCUUCUCCCGCGAACGCUUUUCAAUUCGCGACUACCGACGUUGAACCAAUAAUAUUGUUGACAAUACCCAGCGUCUGCGGAAAAACCGAUAAGGUAAAACGCAAACAGACCUAAUGAUGGCAAUACAUCAUAACUCGUGACGUUGAUUCUAACCGAUAAGAGUUUAGCCUCUGCUUUUCAGCUUCUGUUUUUAUAUAGUCAUUCAUUACACAUAAACAUGAACAUGUAAGCUCAAAUGUACCUGGACAUGUGCGGACAUUCCAAAUCUUGCUACAAUAAUGCACUCAGCACACAUUGAAAGAUGCGUGGAUCCCACAUUAGUCCAUAUUCAUGACUAGGCUGCUCUUUUGGCGAAUAAUAUUGUAGGCCGAAUGUCUUGCUCGGAUCACUGUGUUAUUUACGUAUACACGUAUAGAAUGUAGUUCCGAAGAUUACACCCUAAUAAGAUUGCAGUUGGUUCCAUUCUUGUUACAUUUUAUUAUUAUAUUCUAAAAUCGUCAUUCUGUGGCAAUUAACAUGCAUUUUGUCUGGUUCAUUAAGAAAGGUCAGGAACUGUUAACGGAACUGUCUGGAAGUUUGUCAAUGUGACAUCACAAUGACUCAUUCGUUAUUGGUUAGUCAGCGUAGGCUUCGUUUGGCGAUCUAUAUUUAUUUUGUAAUCACAACAAGUUUUGAGCUGUUGGAGGUGAUACUCUCGAGAACACAGCAUGUUCUUAACAAAACGUAAAAAAGCUACAUGGGUGAACAUUCGGUGACCAGUACACUAGGAUUUAAAAGACCAUUGAUAUCGGAUGCUUUAAUUACUGAGAUCGAGCUCCACCUGUACAUAUUACUUCAAUAACGUAUAGAUCAUGCUAGCGUAAGAAAUUGAUAAAUUAUUUAAAUUGAAAAAUUAUUAAAUUAAUGAAACACACAUACAUAUGGCUGAUGUUUCAUUGAUAAUCAUAUUCUAUUGAUUGUAUAUCUAUUUCAGUGCGUGUAGAAUUGAGACUAGGCCCGUAAAUCUAUUCUAGUUGCAUCCGUUUCGAUCAUUUGCAACCCAUCUACAGAUUCAUGCUGUGAGGGAAUGAAUUGUAAACCUUGUAGUAAAUACACAUGCUAUCGCAUCACCCAAUGAUAUCUACUGUGAUAUUAUUUUAACAAAAUAUACGUGUGAGUGAUCAUUA